AUGGUAGACAAAAGGGUAAAUAAAGUGGUAGAUGAACCAGUGAAUGAAUUAAUAGAUAAAAUAGUAAAUGAUAUAGAGUGUGAAGUAGUAGAUAAGUAUAUGUAUAGAACAACAAAUGAAGAGAUGGACAGAAUGAUAAAUGAAAUAACAGAUGAAGUGGUAG